GGUUGGAGUCUGCUAGUACUCUGGGAAUCUGAAAGCACUCUCAUGGCGUCUGUAGACAAACUCCAAUCGGGCAACAGUGGGACGAACAAGAAGAGAAAGCAACGUUAUCGUUCCCACAACAAACCUGUAAAGAAGGGUACCUACCCAUUACGACCUGGAGUUCAGGGUUUCUUCAUCACUUGUGAUGGUGGCAGAGAAAAGCAAGCUAGUCACGAAGCAAUUAAUGUCAUUGAUACUUUCUAUGAAGAGCUUGUCCAUGGCGAGGAUUAUGGUGCAAAGCGUGUAGCUGUGCCCAAUAAACCCUUGAAUAAAGUAACUAAAUUCUCUGAUUCUGAUUCAUCUAGUGAAGAAAAUGAUGAUAAUGAUGAUGAAGAUGACAAGUCAGAUCGUCAUGAGGAUGACAAAUAUCAUGAAAAUCGAGUGGAUGAAAAGUCUGAUUCUGGUAAAUUAGGUGCUGCUGAUUCUGAAAAUCAGAACAAUGAAAAAGUGGAUUCUCAGAAAGUGGAUGAUGCAAAUCAUGAUAAACAACAAAAUGAAACUGAAGAGACAGCAGCAAAGAAACAACGCUUACAAUCAGAUGCAUCAAAUGGUGAAAAGGUAGUAGGCGGUAAGACAGAGGAGAAGUCCAUUGAUAAGCUAAUUGAAGCUGAACUUGAAGAGUUGGGAGAUAGGAACAAGAGGCGUUUUGUCAGCCUUGAUGCUGGUUGUAAUGGUAUCGUCUUUAUUCAAAUGCAUAAAAGAGAAGGAGACCCUAGCCCGAAAGAGAUUGUGCAACACAUGAUGACGUCAGCUGCUUCUACUAGGAAACACAUGUCAAGGUUCAUUUUAAGGGUAUUGCCUGUUGAAGUGGCAUGCUAUGCAUCAGAAGAGGAAAUUUCUAAAGCAAUUAAACCCCUAAUUGCAAAAUACUUUCCAGCAGAAGCUCCAUCCCCACAGAAGUUUGCAGUCUUAUAUGAUGCCCGGGCAAAUACGGGUAUUGAAAGGAUGUCAAUAAUAAAUUCUGUGGCAAAAUCUGUCCUUGGACCCUACAAGGUGGAUCUUAACACCCCGGACAAGAACAUUAUAGUUCAAGUUGCGAAGACCAUAUGCUUGAUCGGGGUCGUUGAAAAAUAUAAGGAGCUAUCAAAGUACAACCUGAGGCAGCUUACGUCACCAAAGCCAUAACCUUUCCCAGUUAAUGUUUGAGCUCAAAAUCCUUUAAUACAUCUAGAUCUUCCCUUGGCUGAUUUUCACAUGGGACCUUCAUCUAAGACUAUAUUAGUAUCUCCAAGGUGCAUGUUAGAGUCGAAUAUGAUUCAGGGAUUUGAGAGAAUUAUUCCAGAAGAAAAUCAUGAAAUUUCCUGUUGUGAGAGUUGGACAUGGAGCCUGAGACUUAAAUUUUGGAAUGUGUUUGAAUUUGGUUAUUAACAUAGUUUUUACAAGUUUUUUUUUAUUUUUUAUUUUAGAGAUUUAAAUUGAUAUUUUACCUUUGAGAAACUAUUGAAAUUGUAGUAUUUAUGUUUAGGGAACAAGUUUCCCAUGCUGUCGUCCGCAUAAUGUAGACCCUCUCACAGGUUUUUUAUU